AUGGAGGUUCUUGAAGAUAAUAAAGACUCAAGCGGAUUCUCUGAACAUGAACUCCUUGACAUCAUGUAUAAUACAUGUAACACCUCCAACACAGGAGAGGUGUUGGCCUCCACCAUCGUACAGUACCUGCAGACCAUGACGCAUCAGAGUCCGGAGCAGGACAGACUGGCUGCCCUGCGACGGCUGCUUGACCCAGAUUGUCUGGACCCACAUGUGAGCAGAGAGAAGUUUCAUGUCAGCAUGAGGGAGUGGAUCGCACAGUGCAGUCAGGACAGUUCUGAUGUGGAUAGCAGUCAAGUAUCAUGGCCAAACUCAUCUAAAGUUCUUGUAAACGAGCUGGAUUUUUCUGUCUAUGAAACCAAAGCUGCUUCCUCUGAUAGCCUUCAGUGUUCCUGUGACGGAAAAGAUUUAUUAGGCACGGUGGCUGAGCUGAAGCACGCUCACCGCAAGCUGAGCGAGCAGAACAGCAGCCUGUUGAGGACGGUGGCUCAGUGUGAAGACAUCAACCUGCAGCUCAAUCUGGAGAUCACAGAGCUGAGAGCCAAGCUGGUCAGUGCUCAGCGGUCAGCGGCAAGAGCCAGAUCCUUGUCAGAAGAGCUUGAGGAGACCCGUCGGGCAUAUAAAGAGGCUCAGGAGAGAGCCAGCCGCACCCAAACCAGCUGCACCAAACUGAGCAAUGAGGUUGAGUGCCUGAAGGUUCACAUUCGCAGGCUUGAAGACAAGAAUGACAAACUCACCUUUGAGAGAACUUGUUCUGAAGAUAGCAUCAAUAAACUGAGGAAGGUCAACGCUGACUUGAGGGCCGAACUUGAGGAAACCCUGGUUAUGUUGACGCUGGGGGACAGAGAAAUCACAAAGAAAGAGAUUCUUAUGGAUAAGAUGAAAAACUCUCAUGUGGAGAAUCACAACAUGAUCGAGGGUCUGCAGUCAGAGCUGAGGAGGUUACAGGAACAUUCACACCAAGUUCUUUUGAGGUAUGACAGACACUUUAUUGGCCCUCAGAAUCUCUACAGUCGAGAUCCUCCUAACCACCGCUCUCUACAGAAUGAGAUGCAGGAUAUGCAGCAGAGGCAUCACAGAGCUCUGGACGACAUAAACCUCCCAUCCCUGCACAGUGAUGAUAUUCAGAGCAUCAUCCACCGGAUCAAGUCUGCAGAAAUAGCUCAUCUUAUGCACAAUAAGUAUCCAGAUAGGGACUCUGCUCCUGUUGAAUCACAGGAGAGGCCUUUUCCUCACCGCCAGCAGCAACAGGCAAGCAUCAAGCAGCAGCUUGUCAAUGUGCUGCAGGAGCUGGAGCUACACAAUUGUGUGUGGGAGGAGAGAGGGGAGAAGGUGGAGGAGCGGCAGAAGAGCUGGGAGCAAAAGGAGCAAAAGCAAAGCCAGAGUCAGACUCAGAGUCAAGAGGCCAAGAAAGUGGCUGUGGUGAACUGGUGGAAAGCACGCAGCCUAAAGGGGGCUAAGACCCGGACAAUUGAAAUCCAGCCAGUCCAGGAUCUCUCCGAAACACAAGCCAAGCUUCAGAAGGCAGAGCAGACUAUCACUGAUAUGAGGGAGCAGGUCCUCCACCUGCAAACCUCUCUACGAUCUGCUCAGGAGUGUGUUGCUGAAAAAGUUGCAAUCAGAGAUCUUUAUUUUGAAAAGGCAACCAACACUGAGAAAGAAGAACCAGAAGUUGCUGUGGUGGAGAAGGUUGUGAAGGAUCAGAGGGAUGCAGCAGUGGCCACAGACAUUUCAUGUGGAGCAGUCUCUGAGCAAGAGCAGACCCAGCCACGGGUGAGCGCAGACAGCCUUCUGGUGACCCUCCGGAGAAUGGAGGCGAUGGUGAACAGCGCCCUGGAGACGGCCGAGCUAGUGAGAGAGAGCGAGCAGAGGGUGAGCCAGGUGAGGCUGAGGAUGGAGAGCAUCACCCAGAGGGUGGAGGAGGCUCUAGGACGAGCAGCUGAUACUGACCAGCAGCUCAACUUUAUGGAGGCCAGGAUCACAGAAAACACACCAACUGAGUCUCCAGGCCCCGCUCUGCAGGCUGAUGCUGGAACAGACACAGCAGGCUUUAUGGAUGAGUCCCAUGUGGAGCCUGAAGACGGACACCAAACCCUGAGUCCUCCUCCAUCUCCUCUUCCCCCAGAAGUCAGCAGCGAGCCCCCACAGCUUCCCAUGAAUGGUAUGAUGGCUACAGCCUCUGUGUUAUCAUGUUUAUGGGGUACACGUGAGACGCAGAUAAAUGAAAGCUGCUUCCUUCUCUGCUGGUAA